AUGCAUGAUACGAUAGUACGCCUGGCGGAUGUCUGGAAGACUUGCAACAAGAUCCGCGCCGCAGCCUUCCGGGUGGGCCUUAAUCUGUGGGACUGGUACCGGCCCCUGGAUCCUGAGGGCAACUCCCUGAUUUCUGAGUCCAAGUUCGUGUCAAUCCUCGCGGGCCCGCUACGCGCGGUGCUGGGCCUGUCUGAUGCUGAAGUGGCUCAACUAGCCGACUACUUCCGCGCGCAGGACGGCCGCGUGCUCUAUCACCAGCUCUGCCAGAUCAUACAUGGAGAAGAUGCUGGCGGUCGAGAUAAGACGUCAGCAGAUUGCCUCCUCGAAGCAUGCCCUCCGCCGCCAGAACCACAGUGCCACAAGCUGGACCAGUGGCAGACGCGCCGCCUGUGCUGUCUGCUCGCCACCAUCGCACAACGAGACCUACCACUGAAGCCUUAUUUCCAGGAUUAUGAACUUGUAGCCAAAAAUGACGGGCGUAUAACCUUCGCUCAUUUCGCUCGCAUUCUGGACUACAUCGGCGUGAUUGUCACCCCCGAGGACUUCAACCUGCUGGUGCGCCGGUUCAUCAAGGACUCUUACACCUUGGACUACGUGGAGUUCAUCAAAGCCGUUGAUGCUGUCAAGAAGGAGGGUAUCCAAGGACUGGGGCCAGCGUACAAUAACCCGAAAGCAGUGAUCGAUACAACAUUGCCUAAGCUGGUCCGACCGGAGAUCGACGCAGGGGUGCCUGUAUCGAAGUUGGGACCCUCAGAUGUCUUCCAUCCAGCGCUGGAGCCACCCAAGCCGACGCGACAGCUCCUCGAUCUGAUGAUGCGCGUCCAGGAGUAUGUUCUGCAACGGCGGAUAAGAGUUUCCGAGUUCUUCAGAGACUACGACCCGUUGAACUGCGGUCGCAUAGCCCGCCAGCAGUUCCGACGCGCGCUGGACGCGAUCGGUCUCGGCAGCAUCAUGAGCAACGCCGAGGCGAUGUGCAUCAUCCAGCACUACGUGGACCCCAACGACCCCGACCGCGUCUGCUGGCGGACCUUCGAGGACGACUGUGAUCAAGUAUUCGCAAUAAAAGAGCUAGAGAAACACCCAAAUGUGGUGGCCGGUGCUACAGCGGAGGCAGUGGCCGAGCUGCCAGCACGGGGAUCAGCGGCGGAGCGCGGCGGGCAGCCGGACAGCGAGCUCGACCUAGCGCAGACGGCGCUGCUGCGAGUGCGCGCGGCUUGUAAGGAGCGCUCCAUCGACUUGAGACCUUCGUUCGGGGACCACGAUGAACAUAACAACGGGCACGUGUCACGCGCUCAAGUACGGCGCGUGCUGGCGCGGCUCGGCGUGCUGCCGACGCCGGCGCAGCUCCGGGCACUCGAGCAGCGCUACCUCGACGACUGCGGGUUCAGCUACGUGGCGCUGCUGGAUGAGCUGGAAGAGAGACCGGUAGAGAGCGCCACCAUCGCCAGCCCGUCGGUGGCAGUGCGCGGCCCUCACUCUCACGCCGCCGACCCGCGCGAGACGGACAUUGUUCACAUCCUCGCUAAAAUUAAAGGGAAGAUGGUACGUGAAGGCCUACGUCCGCGGGACUUCAUUGCUCAGUUCGACAAGCAGAGGGAGUUGGUCGUGCCGCGUGCUGACUUCUACCGCGGCCUUGCCACCGCCGGGCUGGCCUUGACGCCUCUUGAAAUGGAUACCCUCAUGGAAGUGUUUUGCGCUCCUGGUCGUCGACGCUACAUCGAGUACGAGAGAUUCUGCGCAACCGUGGGCGAAGCCCUAACGCAGAGUGGUCUAGAACGAGCUCCCUUGUUGCAACCCGUCCCACACAUCCCCACCAUUGACUCCCCGCUCAACUACCUAAACUUUGAGGAGCGUAACAUAGUCGCCGGCGCGCUAUCCAAACUGGCGAAGUUCCCCGAUCAGCUGUCCAACAUACUGGAGGUUUUCAAGGAUUCUGACAAAGAGCGUUGUGGCACGAUACCGCGAGGAGCAGUGGAGCGCGCCCUCUGCAGGCGCGGACUACUGUCGCUUGUGUCAGCUCGCGAGAGAGAUCUCAUCUACAAGUGCUUUGGCUACAGAAGAGGUUGUGGAGACGAGGUAAACUACAGAGGUCUGUGCAAUGCUCUAGACAUCCUUCAUGCAACUUCCAGUGCGCAGCCAUGUUGACUUCACAUUUUUGACAUGUUAUCACUGUAAACUAGCAAUGCUACUUGACAAGACAGUAUGUGUUUUUUGAAUAAAAAUAUUUAAAAUGCAUUAAUCAAAGACGUAGUUUUAUUUAUACUUGAUGAACUUCCAUAUAGAAUGUUUUUAUGUACUAUUAGUAUUACAAUAUAAUAAUAGGGGAGCCGAAGAGGGGAUUUUUGCAGUUACUCGAGCGCGGCAGAUAAACAUAAGGGACUAGACCUUGCACGUUGUUGAGUACCUCAAGUCCUU